UUGACAACGCACUGAGCCGUCGUCAUUUGUACUUCAAUUAGCGCUUACGUCAGUUGGAAUCUCCGGUUUUAUGUACUACCAGUUGUAAUGUGGCCAAGCGGCGAAGAACCCACUGUUGCGGGCGCUCGCUCGAGCACCGGAUCAGAGGUGGUGAUCAUCGAUAACCACGAGGCGCUGCCCCCUGUGCCUGUACCCUCCACCAGUAACACACCGGUCAUAUCCAAAUUAAACGUAUCCAAGUCCUCCAAAUUCCACAUUGGAAACAAGUUUGUAUCCGUCACCAACAAUGUUCAUAGAAACGAAGUUGUCAAGGGCAAAUUCCUCUGCCUGGAGCUGGUGUCGCCUGCACAAGAGAAACGUCUACGUUGUAGCGUAGCAGUCUUCGUGUGCUGGGCGCUCGUUGUAGCUUCCGGGCUUGCAAUCUACCUCGGCUAUUUUAUGUUAUCUGAACAACCAGCAUUAAUCGACUUAGGUAUCAACGCGACGUGGUAUCUGAAACGCCCCGAAUGGCAAGCGGUAGUUGUAAACAACAAUAUGUUCCUUAAACUCCCUGUGAAACAAGCAAUCAUCGCACACUCAGGAACCUCAAAUUGUACCUCUACUUACACGUGCAAACUUCUUAUGAAAGCUAUACAAAUGGAUCAUAUAGAGAGAUAUGGUGACAUAGGUCCAAAUUAUCUCGUAGGUGCCAAAGGCUUGAUCUUCGAAGGCAGAGGUGCGAACGUGGUGCCUGCAAUGUUACGAGGAUUUAACAGCAAGAUUAUCGGAAUAAUGUUCUUAGGAAAUUACGCGGAGAAUGACAUACCGACUAAUGAGCAAAUAGAAAACUUGAAAAUUGUUUUGAAGACACUAGUCUCAAAGGGUGUAUUACACCCUGACUACACGUUACAAGGCUAUUGUCAAAUAUUUACAUACACUGUUUCUCCCGGGAAACACAUAAUGGAUAUUCUGCAUAAAUUUGAUCACUUUCUAUCAACUAAUGAGAAAACUUGUUUAACUUAAAGUUGAAAGAGGGAGAGAAAACUGAGUUUUACAGUGUACCUAAGUGUAUUAAUAAAUAUUAUGAUACAACUUUUUUGUAAUAUUAAUAACAUAUUUGCACUUCGUGCCUCUUGUUUUGGAAAAGUGAAUAAAAUAUGAUUGUUGAUGAUAUUUUUCAAGUAAUGUUUUAGGUUCUUGAUAUCGAGUAAAGAUCUCUCAUCUAGGAAUUAAUACUUGACUAUAAGUUUAUAAUAAAAUUCUU